AUGAGCUUAAAGUACGGAGCUGGUGGAAUAGCGUCGACCCUGGCGGUCGUCGGAGCUUAUAUGCUCUUUACCGGCAGUGGAGAAACCUUCAACGUCGGUGACUUUCUCGAGUCCGUCUCUCCCUAUGCCUGGGCCGACUUGGGCAUUGCGCUCUGUAUCGGUCUAUCCGUUGUAGGCGCAGCAUGGGGCAUCUUCAUCACCGGCUCGUCAAUCCUGGGCGGCGGCGUCAAGGCCCCACGUAUCCGUACCAAGAACCUUAUCUCUAUCAUCUUCUGUGAGGUCGUGGCCAUUUACGGCGUCAUCAUGGCCAUCGUAUUCUCUGCCAAGCUGAACCCCCUGCAGGGAGAGGCUGCGUACUCGGGUGACAGCUACUACACUGGCUAUGCCCUGUUCUGGGCCGGCUUGACCGUCGGCAUGUGCAAUCUCGUCUGUGGUGUCGCCGUUGGCAUCAAUGGUAGUGGUGCUGCGCUUGCCGAUGCUGCCGAUCCCACGCUGUUUGUCAAGAUCCUGGUGAUCGAGAUCUUCAGCUCCGUCCUUGGCCUCUUUGGGCUGAUCGUUGGCUUGUUGGUUUCCAACAAGGCCCCUGAGUUUGGCACAACGGUAUAA